AUGCAACCCGUCCCCUCUUCUUCCCAUGCCGGACAAGACCCAUCACUCUCUGAAGAAACAAGAACAACCAUAACCAUCCACUUCACCGAUACCACUUCUACGCAGAAUCAACUCUCCAAUAUGCCUUCUGACCAGGACAAGCAGAACAAGCCCGAGGGCGAGAAGGAGUUUGGCAUCCAGCCCAUCAAGGACGCCGCGGACAAGGACCCCAAGUUUGCACCGUUUGGUGCCCACCCCGGUCCUCAGCUAGCUAGCAUGCCCGGGCAGGAGGGUACAAAGGAGGAGCGCCAGGCCAGGAAGGAGGCUCUCAACAAAUAG